AACCGAUUCGCGUUCAGUGUUAGCUAACGGUUCAAUCGGUCCGAAGGAUUUUCAAAAUGGCAUACGCCGUCGUCUUUCGUUGUUUAUAAUUCCUGCUAGCUGUUGUUGAAACAAAUUCAAUCCUGCUUAGAAGAAAUUAUUAAACUAAUUAAAUAUAUUAAGUGACUUGGAAGAUAGUGGAUAAUGUUGGAAACAAAGAGCAUAGCUGCUUUGGCUUUUACAGAGACGCCGCGCAAACGCAAAAGGGAGACGCUAAGUGGUAAUGCUCCCCCGCCCCCGCGAAAUUUACAGGAACAACCCCCGUCCCAGGUGCGACGGGAACAGGAUGCAGCUGUCACGGAAUCUUGCUUCACCAACGCUGCCUUUAGUUCCACGCCCAAGAAAUUAAUGAUCGGUCGGCGUCGUUUGGCCAAAGAGAAUAGUAAUCCUCAACAAAAUCUCUUUCCUGGAUUGGAGGUAAAGUCCAUAGCCGAUCUUGCCGAGACGAAGCAGCAGCAGCAACAGCAGCCACCUAAGCAACAACAACAACCACAACAGCUGCCCACAAAUCCUUUCGAGGUACAGCGUCAGCCGCCGAAGAAGAAGAAGCGCGAGCAUGCCUGCUUCGAGAAUCCUGGACUGAAUUUGGAGCUGCCCGAGAAGCAAUUCAAUCCAUACGAGGUCAUCCGUUUGGCAGCCACUCCCGCUAAGGGUUUCGUGAAUCCCGGUCUGAAUUUGCGUGGCAGUGAUGCCCCAGCCUCGCUGAAUCCCUUUGAGAUUCAUAGACCAAGUGAGGCAUCGGAGGCAGCAUGCAAUCCAUCGGGUGUGGCCAAUCCUGCUCUGGCCGAAAGGGAUACAGAGGAUCCGCUGCCGACCAGCUUGAAAAUCGGCUUGCCAUUUACUCCGACUCUGGGUUGUCGCAUCGAUUUCCAUGGCAUGUCGCUGGCCCAGUUGACUCCCAGCAAAUUGCUGGCCGAGAAACUGGUAUUUUCACCUGUCCCAGCGCCCAAGAGAUCACUGGGUGCCAUUAGUGAGGAAUCAUCCAUGGACAUUGGCAAGGAGUUGGAUCGCUACCAACUAGAGUUGGAGAAUAGCAUCAACGAAGCGAAAUUAAGGAAGAAUGGUGUUAUAGUGGAGAGAGAGGUGCCCAGGAAUAGUUUGGAGGUAGAUUUACCAAAGAACACCAAAGUUUCGAUGGUCAUGGAGACGGAUUCCCAGGAGUUGAUGAUGCAGGAGGUGGUCAAGCAAGAUGCUCAAGUCGAAAGGCGUAUGGUUUGCACCAGGACACGAACUCUGACUGAGAUUAGCGAGGCACCUGAGGUGGAGGAGGACAAGGAGCAGCUGCUGGAGAAGGAUUUGGAGGCGGAGAAACUUCUUGAGCAGGAAAAGAUUCUAGAGCAAGAAAUGCUCCUUGAGAAGGAAAGGCAUGUGGCCAGGGAAAAGCAAUUGGAGCAAGAAAAGCUUCUAGAAAGGGAAAAGCAUUUGGAACGAGAAAAACUGCAAGAGAAGCUGCACGAGCAGCUCAAGGAGAAACUCCAGGAACGGGUUAAACUUCUGGAGCAGGAGAAGCUACAGGAGGAGGAACAACUAGAAAGGCAGCUCCAAGAGCAAAGGAAUCUGGAGAAAAAGGAAGAACCCGAUGCCGAUGUGGCCUAUGCCUCUGAUGAAUCCGAUGAAGAACCCGAUGAUCUGGACUUCAAGGCACCAGCACGUUUCGUUCGAGCCUACAGACCCGCUGCCUUGCCCACCAAGGCAGCCAGCAAAGAGUCCCUUCACUCCAUCGCAUCCAGUAAAUCCUCGAAGUCGGCCGAAAUAAAGCCCAGUGGUGGUGGCAUGAAGGGCAUGAUAAGGAAGUCCAUUAGAAGGCUAAUGCAUCCAACUCACACAUCGCCUGAGAAAACCGAAGAGAAGACUGAACAUCAUCAUCAUAACAUUAUCAAUAGCAUUCGGCACAGCCUGCGGCGGAGGCCACAGAAAACAGUCGAUGUGGAUAAUCAAAUGGAACCAGUUCUAGCGGAUAUAUCCAUUAUCGAUACCAGUGAACGGACUAUGAAGCUACGCUCGAAUGUUGCCCAAACCGAGUACAUGACCAUCGAGCAGCUGACCAACGAAAAGAAGCAUACUCUAAGGAACAGCAUCCGGCGGUCCACGCGGGACGUGCUGCGCCAUGUAUUCCAUAAGAGUCACGAUGCCUACACCACUGGCAAGUGAGAUGGCUUCAAGGAGUGAAAUGGGUCGAUUUCUGGGAGAUGAGGUACAUUUUUAACGUUCUUUAAAAUGAUUUUUUGAGGAGUUUAAAGUCUAUCUAAGAAAUUCUAUUUUAUAGAUCACUAAAAUAUGAAUUAUUUAUUCAUCUCUUAAGUAUUUUAUGUUACCAUAAGACAUCGAUCCAUUUCUCUAAGGUUAAUACCCUACUUAAAAAUUCGAUUUUUUAGCACCUAGUUAAGUUUUUUAAAUGCACCCAAAGAUUGUCACACAAAAACCAGCAAACCGAAAGGAAACCAUAUUCAUUUUUAAAAACCAAAUCCAUUUUGUAACUUUGAAAGGUGGAGAAGGUAUCAACUAGUUUUAGUAUAUAUAUUAAAUAUUUUUUUUCGAAUGUUCAAGGGAGUUCCCUUAAAAACAAAUUUCUACAAAUUUAUUCACACAAUGUUUAGAAUAUUAAGUAAUUGAUGUUUGCACGUUUAUUCAUAUAUAUAGAUAUAUAUCUAUGUUUGUCUAUAUCUUUUUAUAUAUGCUUUUUA